AGUUGGUGGUAAUAAACUGACAGAUGUUUUGAUAAGCAGCAUAAGGUAGGCGGAAGAUAACAGCCGCAAUUUGCCUCGGGUCAAACGUAAACCACCUUGAAUAUAAGAUCACGUCACUGGUUUCAUAUUCUGAGAUCUUGUGAGAAACCUUAGUGCAUGGAAAUCCCCAGCAAAUCAUUAUAUAAAAGCGUGUUAUUAAAUCUAGAUUAUAUAGUGUAAUAGUCUUCUGGUGCUAUCUGUGUAUCCUACUUCUUAAGUCGGCAAGAGUCAAGCAAAGCUUUAAAGUUAUGGAAAUUGUACGAACACAGAUCAAGUACUCACUUUUUUACGGCUUAGCGCUUGGUGAAAUUUUGCUCGGGCUUGUUAUGAUUGGAAUUGGAGUUAUACACACUGCGUAUAUCAAUAACUUUGCAACAGAUCCUCAAAUCGCAUUUUAUGCAAUUGUAAUUUACUAUAUUGCUAUAGGUGCAACGUUGUGGUGUGGGAUAUGGAUUAGUCUUCAUAUGGGCUUUGCCGUCGUUUCAGCAAUCAGUGCACCAAUGCUAUGUUGGGUUUCUGUGAUACUUCUUGUACUUUCAAUACACUCGGCCUUUUUCCUUGCUUUCUUCACAACUUCUGUACUCAUCUCGUUCGCUGCAUUUGCCUUCAGUGUUAUAAGUGCUUGCAACAGUCAUAGCAUUAUAACUUCCAUUUCAAUAUCGACCACAUCUAACGAGUAUUCCCACGAUAUCCUAGACAACUACUCGGACACAAAGUCGAUGAUUUCAUCGAUAGCUGCUUGAACCAACUACUGACGAUAACGUUGAACAAAACUCGAUACAACGUUUGCUUAUCUUUCCUACGUUUUUUUGCUUGUAACUUUUGAAUGUAGCCAGAUAUACAUAAACUAGCUUUUUUGUCAAACAUGGCACAAUACGCUUGUACUAUAUGGCGCCCUUUUGUUUCCAUCAAUCAUACGAAAUAAAGUACCUCGUUUUGUUUA